AUGGCACGCCCCGCAAGCCAAGCCCUCAAGCACUACCAGCGCGCCCUGGCCACAUGGCCCAAGGACGAGCUGCGGCCACAGGUCCAAUUCGCCGAGUUCCUCAAGCGCGGCGUUGAGAAGCGUCUCGCUGCUGGUGCCGCGACACCCGCUGCUGAGCAAAAGGAGCUCGCACAGGUCAACGCCCUCUACAGCCUGGCUGAGGACCGCUACGCGAAGAGGUUUCCCCUCGGACCGAAGAUUUCCAAGCCCCAGAGUCAGCCGACAUACUUCAAAGACCUACUGCGUGAGCUCGAGGAGGCACCGAGCAGGACGUGGCUGCAGAGCAUGUCCAAGAGGUUAUCGGGCAUGUUCCGAUGGGAAUAG